AUGGGAUUUAAAAAAUAUUCCAAAUUAAUUUCACAUCUCCUUGUUGCUGAACAACAUAAUGACUUACUGAUGAAAAACCAUGAAAGUGGACCUACUGGUUCUAUGUCAUUUCCUGAAGUAAAUACGAUAAAUUUUCACCAAUCUAGGCAUGAAAAAGAUCGUGGCUCCAGUCGUGGCCGUUGUCGUGGUCGAGGAAGAAAUUUCAAUCAUGAUGAUCGUCUUGCACUAAAUAAUAACCUUCAACACCAGCAGUGUAAAAACAAGAAAGAAAAACAUGACGUAGUGCAGAAGAAAAAUUCAGACAACAAAUGUUAUCGAUGUGGAGAAAAAGGACAUUGGUCACGUAACUGUCGUACGCCAAGGCACCUGAUUGAGCUAUAUCAAGCUUCCCUGAAGGAGGCGAAAAAUAAUGCAGAAGCCAACUUUAUCUCGAAAGAUACUGUUGAACCCAUGCAUCUAGAUGUAGCGGAUUUCUUUGAGAAUCCCGAAGGAAAGAUAGAUCACCUGAUAGGUGAUGGGUCUGUGAUAAUGUAA